ACCUUAAACAGAUACUCAUUUUACUAUAAAUACAAUAAAAUGUCAUAGACACUCUCAAAUUCGUUAGAAACUUACAAGUGACAUACUACAUAGUAACAAUUUCAAAAAUAAUCAUGAAAUUUGCUUUAGCUUUUGUGUUGUUGAUCGGUAUUUCUUGCCAAAUUGGACGAGGAGAUUGUGCUCCAGAUACUUUAUAUAGUGAUGUAAAAGACAUAGCGAGUGAUAUGUAUGACUAUACUAAAGAUACAUACAAUUCGUUGGUUGAAGCACUUACACCUUCGGAACCAUUAUCUGAUUAUCUACCUUCAGAACCUGAAUCAAUGAAGGAGGGAAUAUCCAGCAUGGAAGAUUCCAUGGGAGAUAUGGCAUCUAGUGUUAAAGAUUCGAUAAAAAGUAACAUGGACGAGAUAAAUACAGAUGUGCAAAAUGCUUAACAUCAUAGUUUGAAUCGAAAAAGUAGAAAAAUAUCAAUACAAAUACAAAAGCUUUUUUUUAAUAUAAUUUUCUUGCUAUUCAAAAUAUAUAAAUAUAUUUAAUUUGAAUGACUAUUUUAUAACUGUAAAAAAUGCUAUACAAUUUAUUCUUCAUAUAUAUGUAAGUCUAAAAUUAAAAGUUCAUAAAUAUUAAUUUAAUAUUAUUAUUAAUAUUAAAAUAAUACAUUCUAAAACUGAUAUUAUCUUUGUAUGGAAUUUGUAUUAUAAAACAACAACAACAAUAAUAAUAACAAUAAAAUGCAUUAUUAACAUA